UCAAAUGGAACUAGGGAAGGCGCGCGGGGGCUGUAACCACUGCCUUCUCUCUCUCUCUCGCUUUCACUUAUAAACACACACACAGAAGCAACACACGUGUGGCCCAUUUCAAUGCUGACGUUACCCUGACGGGCAAUGUUCUAAUUUCCGUUAACGGGGAAGCGAUGGCAAGGGGGCUUUCUACUCAUCUCGCACGCUGUUAGUGUGUUUCCGUGCGGUUCUUGGUGUCCGAGUCGUCUCCAUCGCGCGCAGAGGCUCCAUACAUGGAUCUGGGUUUUGAGGAUCGGACCGUGAGAUGUCUGAACAAACAAAAUGCGUCUUCACGCGUACGGGCUUCUCUUUAUUGUCACGACAGGUAAUAUAUUUGCUACGUUACAGUACGACUGUGGCGGAACCGUGAACCGGGAGAAAAACGGUUUAAUCAGUGUCACCAUACCGGGGAAAGUGGACCCCAACAGCGUCCAUUCCAAGUAUGACAGAGGCGGUAAAGCGUUUGACACCGGUUGCACAUGGGUCAUCGACGUCCCUUCAAAUCAGUCGGUACGGUUGGAAACGGUGACGGUGGACGAUGGCUCGCUCUUGUCAGUACACUGCGGUGCCAACGGAGCGGAACGAGUUUUGGAGACUGGGAAAAGCGCGCUGUUCCACGGCUGCGCUCGAGCCACGCUGACCUGGAAAUUAAAGGUUAAACCAGGCAGCGAUGCGCAUUACUUGCGCGUAUUUUACGAGAGUCCAGUCAGGAGUUCCAGGGAGCAAGCCCCUCUCAUCCCAGAGUUUCCCUCUUCCUCCUCCUCCUCUCCCCCCUCCCCCCCUCAGCCCCAGACGGAGGGGGAGUCCUCCGCCUCACCCCUGGGUGAAGAGGGGUACAGGGGGGGGCGGAGGAGCCGAGGUCACCCCCUUAUAAAGCUGCAGAUACGGAGAUCUGGACCAACACACAGCUCUGGUCCUGGACCUAGCCCUGGUACUAGCCCUGGUCCUGGUCCUAGCCCUGGUCCUGGUCCUAGUCCUAAGCCUGGUCCUGGUCCGGGUCCCACCCUCCAGGACCCGGGGGUGUUGCUGACGUUGUCUCCCCAGCGAGGGCAGCUCCUGGUUGGGCAGGCUGAUAGGGAAGCUCCCCUGCUUCCUCAGGAAGGACAACACAAUGGAGCGGAUAAAGCUGCAAGACUCGACCCCCACGCCACACUGGGCCCCGCCCCGGCACACACACUCUCCCACACACACACACUCUCACACGCACACACAGACACGUGCACAGACAGACAUGCAGACGCACAGGCAAACAGCACACCCACACACACACAUUCCUUCCCACAUUCCAGCACUAGCACACACAGCAACACACUCACCAACACACACACUAGCACACACCCUAACACACACAUGAACACGCACCCUGACACACACACUAACACACUCACCAACACACACACUAGCACACACAGUAACACACUCACCAACACACACACUAGCACACACCCUAACACACACAUGAACACACACACUGACACACACACUAACACACACAUUAACACAUACCCUGACACACAAACUAACACACACCCUGACACACACCCUGACACACACACUAACACACACCCUGAAAUUGACACAACAUCAACAGAGCAGGUCAGAUCCCGGCUUCUGACGACCAGCCCUGCCCCAGGGGGGCUCGACCUCACCCUAGCCCCAGACAGAGCCACCGAGGCUGGGGAGCCUCGACAGACCGCUCCCCUGACCUGGAGGAUCCCCAGGAGCAUACCUGUCCUUGACCUCCGAACGACCCCUGGAAGGACCCUCGACCCCGUGAGGUCACAUCUCAACGUGACGUCACACGACCCUGAGCAGGAAGAGGAGGAGUUUCAGGAGAGAGAUAUCACUAAUCGCACCCCAUCGUUCUUCCUCCUUCCAGACAGUAGCAGUGGAGCGCCCGCUCAGGAGCGCUCAUCGCUGGAGCCGGGGGGGUCAGACCUCACUAAUCGAUCAGGAUCAACUGAGUCGUUGGAGACAGGCAUCACCAGUCGCUUGGCAAGAGAGUCUGGAGAUGGACUGAUGAGUGACACUUUCUCUCCUUCCCUCUCCUCUACCACACACACACAUCUCACACACACACUGCCUCCAGACACACAUCUCACACACACACUGCCUCCAGACACACUCCUCACACACACACACUCUCCAGACACACUCCUCGCACACACACACUCUUUAGAGACACACUUUACACACACACACACUCCACCAAGCCCCACUGUUAUGACCAACACACAUUCAGAAACAAACACCACACACUAUCUUAAUAAUCAAAAUUAUACAGUCCUUGAACCAACACACUCCACACCCCUCCCCCCUCCUCACCCACUCCCCCUUUCUCCCCCCAACCCUCCGCCCUCAUCGACUCACUCCCCCACCUCCCCCUCCUCUCCCAGCCCCAACACAGACAAAAACUACAGUUGGACUACAAAUCCCACAAGCUCUGCUCCCUCCACCACAGUGCUCCCUACCUUGGGAGAUGUAGUCCAGAAGUCCACCGUCUCCUUACAACCCAUGACCUCUAACCCAUCAGCACCAUUGGAAGUUACCGCGGCAACCGCCAGCAGGGUUGACAAGGUUUACACUGAGACGGACGGCACACACACUCGAACUUACCACCUUACCACAUACACACUCGGCACACACACACCCUCACCCAAACUGUUGUCCACACAGACACCUUAUACUGCAACAGCUGCACCUCACCACCUGCCUACACACAUACACACUCUCCACACACACACUACCCAACCCGACACACACACACCCCACACAAACACUACCCAACCCGACACACACACACCCCACACAAACUCCACACUCACACCUACAUCUUCAUCCAGACACACCCCCCUCGCAAAACCCACCCCUCCAACCCCCACCACCGUCCCCAACCGUGACCCUACAACCCCCCCGCCCCCCGCCCCCCGCCUGACUGCCACCCCCCUCCCACCAGCCAGCCCCAGCAGAGCCUCCACGCCCCCACCACCCCUCUCCCCAGGCCAGGGCAGCCCACCAUGGGGUAGAGCAGCUGGCUCGCCCCCCUCUCCGGUCCUCCCAGACAGAAGCUCCACCUCUCCACCCAGGGUCUUCAUUGUGCCCAACCAGCCUGCCGUCAUUAAAGAGGACUCUAUCCAGCUGCUUCUGCAGAUCAUUCUAGAAGACCCAGGCCCACACCAGUCUGAUACCCUGGAGAAAUAUACUUUCACCUGGGUGGCGCCCCACCUGCAUAGAGCUCCAGGAUUCCACACCCUGCUGGGAGCUUGGAGCAGUGGCCAAGCGGUCCAGAUUCUGGUGGAGUUCAGGACUGUGGGGGCUCUGGCCUGGCUGGGACAGUCGGGGGCGGAGUCUCUGCUGGAAUGCACCGGAUUGGCCCAGGCUGUUAGAGAGGGGAGGAGCUUCCGGGGGUCAAAGGUGACAAACAUCACAGUGGGAGGUGUGGAAGAGGCUGUGUGUGGAUGGCUGCUCAGCUGCCCUCCAGGGUACCAGUGUGUGUCCAGGCCAGGCCUCAAUGCCAGCUGCUCCUCCCUCUGCCACCACCAGUACUGCCACCACCACGGAGUCUGCUCCCACCACACACACCAGGGGCCAGUCUGCAGGUGUUUGGUGGGGGAUGACUUCUGGUUCAUGGGUGGUCGUUGUGACGUGAGGAUGACAAGGCUGAAGCUGGUGGGGGCGUGUCUGGGCGCCCUGGUGGCCGCGGUAACCGUGGUGGUUGCCUUGGCAAUGGUAGCAGUGCGUCGGUACAGAGCCGUGCUGAUACAAGCCAAGGUGGACCAGACACGCAGCAGCUACCGCAGGUUCAACCACUUCGACGAGCUCUCCAGUCGGUUCUGGCUGCGGUCGUGGGCGGGGUCAGCUGACUCCCUGGAUAAUCCCGCCUUCUCUCGCUCCGACGAGCUGCUGCACCUGAGGGCGCUCGACCGCACUUGCUGUUACCACGACGACACGCUCUCGCUCGCCUCCACCUGCCCUAGCAACGGGAUGCGGCUGAACACCGUUUACCCUCACAGCUCCCAGUACGGCUGGGCGGGGAGCGAGGCCAGUCUGGGGGAGUGUGUGCUGGACUCGGGGAAGGCCAGCGACCUGUCGGUGUGCAGCUGGCCCAUAGAGCCCAUCCAGUGGACCCCCUUUCCUCUGCUGCAGCAGCUGGCCAAUCACAGGACAGCCCCGCGGCAGGUGAGGUCCUCAAGGCCAAGGUCCUACUGUGAGGGCAUGGAGCUGGUGGAUCUGGAGAAAAGCUGGACUGCUUAGCUGAAACACACACACACGCUUCUGAACCGUGACCUCUGGACAGGAACUUCUUCUACAGGAUGUGAUGUGUUAACGUGCGCUGUCAUCCAGAGGUGUACAGGGGGAUUUGAACCUGCCAUCUCUUCACCUGUGAUCUUUUGAGCUGCACCCUUGAAUCUACUGAUGUAAAUGUAGCUUCCUUCAAGCCAGACAUAUUUCUACUGUUGUUAUGAGAUUUUGGCACUUUUAUGAAGACGUGUUUCAUGUUUUGCGUAAAAACUUUACUUAAUUUUGAAUAAAACAAGUUCUAUAAAUCCAUGCUGUUUGAGAGGCGGGGAAAGAGUGCUUAUUAGUUGUUGUUGGUUGGUUAGUGUGUGUGUCAGGGUUCCUGCAGGUUUCAGUAAGUCAAAUGUAAGACCUUUUAUAAGACAUUUUAAGACCAUAAAGAUUGAAAUGUAAGACCUACACAACGCAUUACCAAAAAAAUAUUCAAAUCAAAAAAAAAAAAAAAAAACUAACAAUGAAUUUAGUCAUUGAAAAAGCAUUAAUUUUAUUUACAGAUAAAGCAAUCACAUUAGUAACAUAAUUUUAUUAUUUAGUCAUUUAUGUAUUAAUUUCAUUUCAUUCAGCACUAAGUACUAGGGGUGGGGGAAA